AUCUCUGUGAGUAUAUCUGUUUUCUGGUUGUGAUGAUUGACUAGAAGUUGUAGGCUAGGGACCUGCCGAAUCAGAAACUCGAUGGAUGUACGUAUGUUUUGUUUCUUUCUUCUAAAUUUGCUGAAUACUUUUGGCACUAGAUCCACAGUAGCAGCCAUGUUGGGAAACCAAACGGAUCGACUCGCUUUGUUAGCCUUCAAGAAUCAGAUAAAUCAUGACCCACUUGGAGCUCUGAGUUCGUGGAACGAUUCUCUCCAUUUCUGCCAGUGGCAAGGUGUUUCAUGCGGUAGCUUGCACCAGAGGGUGACAGCCUUGAACUUAGAAGGGAAGAUGUUGGUUGGCUCUGUUUCUCCUUCCAUAGGAAACCUUUCUUUCCUUACAGAGAUCAACCUCCAAAACAACAGCUUUCAUGGACAGAUUCCUCAAGAAAUUAGUCUCUUGCCUCGCCUACAGCAUCUCGUUCUGUCUCAGAACUCAUUCAGUGAGGGCAUUCCAACUAACUUGUCCCGUUGUUCCCACCUCAAAGUCCUCGAUUUGUAUGAGAAUGAAUUGACAGGAAUAAUUCCGACGGAGCUCGGGUCAUUGUCGCAACUGGUCAACUUGGUUCUUGCUAAAAACAAUCUAACUGGGGUGAUUCCAGCUUCCCUUGGGAAUUUAUCAUCUCUUGAGAUGCUUUCUCUAACGCGAAAUGGUUUGGAUGGAAGCAUUCCAUAUGAACUAGGCCAACUUUCGAGGUUGACGUUUCUGGGCAUUGGCGCAGGCAGACUAUCCGGUACGAUCCCUUCCUCGCUUUACAAUCUCUCAUCUAUCAAUUUAUUUUCGGUGGUUCAAAACCAACUAUCAGGGAGUCUGCCGCCUGACCUUGGCCUUAAACUUCCAAACCUCCAAGUAUUUGCAGUUGGAGUAAACCAGUUUACUGGACAGAUUCCAGGAUCACUAACAAAUGCCUCUGGCCUUCAGAUCCUUAGUUUCCAUGAUAAUUACUUUACUGGACCAGUACCUAGUAACCUAGGAGAGUUAAAGUCUCUGCUCUGGGUGGAUAUCAGCAAUAAUUCGCUUGGAGAUGAUGCAGAUGAUGACUUGAGUUUUCUCACAUCUUUGAUUAACUGUAGCAGUCUAACCAAUCUGGGUUUUGCUAAUAAUCAUCUCAGGGGUCUAUUGCCCAAUUCUGUGGCCAAUCUCUCAACGAAAUUAACAACACUAGAGAUGGGAGGGAACCAAAUAGUUGGGAGCAUCCCCAUAGGGAUUGAGAAUCUUCUUCAGUUAACAUUAUUGGGAAUGGAUCGGAAUUUCUUCAGUGGUAGUAUUCUUGCUACAAUUGGAACGCUUCAGAGUUUGCAGAAACUACUCCUAAAUAAAAACAGGUUCACAGGACAAGUCCCGUCGUCCCUGGGGAACCUUAGCCAACUGUACGAACUACAUCUGGAGGAAAAUCUUUUAGAAGGGCCUAUACCAUCGACUCUUGGAGAUUGUCAACAUUUACAAUUAUUAAACCUUUCAAAGAACAGUCUUAAUGGGAAGUUACCCAAACAAGUUCUUGGCCUUUCUUCUCUGGACUCCCUCAAUUUGGCAGGCAACUCUUUAACUGGCUCCCUGCCAUUAGAAGUUGGGAGCCUCAGAAAUUUGAGGGACUUGGAUGUUUCUGAGAAUAAAUUGUCUGGUGAAAUCCCAAGCACACUUGGAAACUGUUUGGGACUAGAACGCCUGCAUAUGCAGGGUAAUUUCUUUCAAGGGAUUAUUCCUCCAUCUUUGAGAAAUUUGAGAGUCAUUCAAGUCUUAGAUAUUUCACGCAAUAACUUCUCUGGUGAGGUUCCAAAAUUUCUUGAAAGUUUUCCUUUUCUGCUGAAUUUGAAUCUAUCCUUGAAUGACUUUGAGGGUGAAGUACCAACUGAAGGAGUCUUUAGAAAUUCAAGUGCAUUUUCAGUCGCUCAAAAUGGCAAGCUUUGUGGAGGAAUCCCUAUACUGCAAUUGCCGACUUGCUCCAAGAAAUCAUCCAACCAAAAGUCUAAUAAGCACGUAUUAAUCACAAUUAUCAGCGUGGUUCUUUGUUUGACAUUAGCAUCAUGCUUUGUUACUAUUUAUUGGAUAAGAAAAUCAAGACAGAAGACUUGUCCUACAUUUUCAGGGGAAGAUUGGUCCCCAAUGGUUUCUUAUGAAAGGCUCUCCAAGGUAACCAAUGGGUUUUCUUUGGACAAGAAGAUUGGAGUGGGUAGUCAUGGUUCUGUAUAUAAGGCAACUCUUGAUGAGGAUAAAACAGUGGUUGCAGUGAAAGUUCUCAAUCUUCAGCAACGAGGAGCUCUCAUAAGUUUUUUGGCAGAAUGCGAAACCUUAAGAAACGUCCGGCAUCGAAAUCUUGUCAAAAUACUAAAACUGUGCUCAAGCAUGGACUUCCAAGGUAACGAUUUCAAAGCUCUGGUUUUUGAAUUUAUGCAUAAUGGGAGUUUGGAGAAGUGGUUACAUCCAGAAGCUAACUGCUCGAGGAAUCUCAACUUUAUUCAGAGGCUGAGCAUUGCAAUUGAUGUGGCUUCUGCUUUAGAGUAUCUUCAUCAUUACUGCCAAAUACCAAUUGUUCAUUGUGACUUGAAGCCAAGCAAUGUUCUCCUCGAUGACGAACUAAAUGCUAAAGUAGGUGAUUUUGGGCUGGCAAGAUUCCUCUCAAAAACUGGAAAUCAAUUUUCCGAGAGCAGAAGUAAUUCAGUUGGUAUCAGGGGAACAAUUGGGUAUGUUCCUCCAGAAUAUGGAAUGGGUGGAGAGCUAUCUACAAGUGGAGAUGUGUACAGUUAUGGGAUACUUCUAUUGGAAACGUUUACAGGAAAGAGGCCCACAGAUGACAUGUUUGUUAAUGAGAUGAACCUCCAUAAGUUUGCUAAGAUGGCUUUGCCUGAGAAGGUUAUGGACAUUAUUGAUCCAAGAUUGAUCACUGUAGAAGAAGAAGAGACAAUCAAGGGUUCCAGGAUUUGGAACUAUACAAUAGAUACAAUGGAGGAGUGCCUAGUGUCCGUAAUUAGAAUUGGAGUUGCAUGUUCUGAAGAAUCUCCAAGAGAGCGCAUGGAUAUGGAAGAAGUCGGAAAGAAAUUGCACUUGAUCAGGGACCUAUGUUGUUGGUAGGUCAAAGCACAUAUAGAAAUUCAUUUAAGAUGAUACCUAUUAAAGUAUUGUUGUGAAUUUUACCACAUAAGAAAUUAUGCUUUAGUGUUCUUGUUAGGGUUAUAUGACCCAUCUGGGUCUUCCCUGUAUACUUGCUCAUUGGUAUUUAUGCCUGAUUAUUGCCUGUAUUCAUUUUGAAA